GCUCUUCGCUUGGCUGCGGUUGCUCCGUGCUCCGCUCUGCCAGCGCCGGGUGCACAGCGGGCCACCCGUCCCGCCCCUCGGGGAGGGGUGUGACCCGAGAGUUAGAUAGGAGGUGCCUGCAGUCGGGGAACCCGGUGGCCCGCGGAGCUUCCUCUGUGACACAGCCUCUCCUCCCGAGGCGCACCCGGAGUGGUGGGGGUCUUCUCGGGCACCGGGACGCCGGAGCCCUGGCCCUCCCACAGCCCCGACUCUGGCCCGCCGCGCUGCCCACCAUGAAGCCGACGUUCUACCGCUGCCAAAACACCACUUCGGUGGAGAAAGAUCACUCGGCGACGAUGGGCUGGGUGCUCUUCAGCGCGGGCCUCCUGGGCAACCUGCUGGCCCUGGGGCUGCUGGCGCGCUCGGGGCUGGGGUCGUGCCCGCUGCGCUCGCCGCGCCAGGCGCCUUCGGUCUUCUAUGUGCUUGUGUGUGGCCUGACCAUCACCGACUUGCUUGGCAAGUGCCUCUUGAGCCCCGUCGUGCUGGCAGCCUACGCGCAGAACCGGAGCCUGUGGGGACUGGUGUCCACGCCUGGCAACUCUCUGUGCCAAGCCUUCGCCUUUAGUAUGUCUUUCUUCGGCCUCGCCUCGACGCUGCAGCUCCUGGCCAUGGCCCUGGAGUGUUGGCUAUCCCUGGGACACCCCUUCUUCUACCGACAGUACAUCACCCUCCGCCGGGGGGUGCUGGUGGCCCCCGUCGUGAGCACCUUCUCCUUGGCUUUCUGCGCGCUGCCCUUCGCAGGCUUCGGAAAGUUCGUACAGUACUGCCCCGGCACUUGGUGCUUCAUCCAGAUGGCCCACGAGGAGCGCUCGCCGUCGGUGCUGGGCUACUCAGUGCUGUAUGCCAGCAUCCUGGCGCUGCUGGUCCUCGCCAUUGUGCUGUGCAACCUGAGCGCCAUGCGCAACCUCUACGCGAUGCACCGGCGGCUGCAGCGCCAGCGCUCGGUCGCCAGGGAUCACGUGGAACUCAGCGCCGGCAAAAGGGAGGCGUCCCCGCCGCCCCUGGAGGAGCUGGAUCACCUCCUGCUGCUGGCCCUCAUGACCGUGCUCUUCACCAUGUGCUCCCUGCCUUUAACUUAUCGUGCUUACUAUGGAGCAUUUAAAGCUGUCCCCCAGCAUGGAACCUCUGAAGAAGUGGAAGACCUCCGCGCCUUGCGUAUUAUAUCUGUGAUCUCAAUUGUGGACCCUUGGAUUUUCAUCAUUUUCAGAACCUCUGUUUUUCGGAUGUUUUUUCACAAGAUUUUCAUCAGGCCUCUGAGGUAUAGAAAUUGGCAUAGCAAUUCCUGCCAAAAUGACAUGGAAUCCAGUCUGUGACAAUGCUUUACAGUCUCUGGUAAGCUGAGAAAUGUAUCACAUUUUCUCUCAAAGAACCAUGAUUUUCAAACAUUUUUUAAAAAUCCUUACAAUGUAAAUCCUUAAAAGUUAUCUCCCAUAACAAAACAUCUAAAUGUAUUUUCAAAAGUUUUUGAUAUCUUAGCAAGGUAUUGUCACUCUAUAUUCAUGAACCACUUAGGUACAUUUUUUUCAUUUCAAGGUAUUAAAAACAACUAAAAUUUCAUAUAUUUUAAAUGCUGUUAAAAAGUCUUAAAGCAACAAUAUUAAUUUGGUGAUUUUCAAUCUU